GUAUUUACGCUAGACCAGGUUGUAAUAAUCCUGAUCAUGCUGUACUGGUUGUCGGUUAUGGGACACAUAGGACUUAUGGAGAUUAUUGGAUUAUUAAAAACAGCUGGGGUACCAGUUGGGGCGAUGGUGGAUAUGGUUAUAUUGCACGAAACAAAGGAAACAUGUGCAGCAUCGCUAGCGUUGCUUCAUUUCCAGUAUAA